AUGGUGAGGACAAGGAUGGAUGAUCCGGAGGAUUCUACCUCCGUACGACUAGACAGAAUGGAAAGGAUAAUUAUGGAAAUGGUAGAAACUCUACGGCAACAGCAACAACAGCAACAACAACAACCACCACCGCCACCAGUACCUCCGCCAGUGGUGCAAGAUCAUCACGCUGAAGAUCGGACAAUUACACUUACGAAAGAAUUCAAGAAGAUGAAGCCACCUUUAUUUAAGGGGGGAAUUGAUCCGAUGAAAGCAGAGGCGUGGGUGUUGGGUGUAGAGAAGUUAUUUGAGGUUUUUCCUUGCACUAAAGCCCAGAAGUGUAUGCAAGACAAGAAGGUGACUGAGUUUGAGACUUUGAAACAAGGAAACAAGACUGUCGUGGAGUAUGAAGCUCAAUUUGCGGAACUAGCCUGUUUUGCACCCCAUAUGGUGGACACGGACUAUAAAAAUGCAAGGAAAUUUGAAGGGGGAUUAUGGAACGCUAUUCUUGAUCGAAUAAAUGUGUUGAAAUUACCUAUAUAUGUUGACGUAUUGGAAAGAGCAGUCAUGGCAGAGGGAAAUAUUGCUGCUUAG